CUUUUUUGCUGAAUAAUUUGUCUUUCUCACUUAUAUGUCUGUCUCACUCACGCUGUAUUUGUCACACACUACCUGAACUGUACAAACUCUCUGACAGCCCUUUUCUCACACAAUGGCUCCUACUUUUUCUAGAGCCGUGGCUUCACGAUCGGUGAUCGUGGAGCGUCUUGCUGAAGAUGUCACCGAGAACGAUCUCCGGAGAGCAUUCUCUGCGGUGGGUUUGGUGGACUAUGUGGACAUCCUUCGUCAUAAUCGUGGCUUGGUUGUGUUUGUAUCGGAUACUGAUGCAAGGAGGGCUAUGAAUGAUCUAGAUGGCAUCCUGCUGAAUGGGAAGAAAAUGAAGAUCAUCUGGGUGAAGAAUCUAGUCCAUUUUAUCACUAAUGCUGGAGAAGUAAUAAAUCCCAAAGAAGUUCCAGUUUUUGUCCAUGAAGCUAGGCAGAAACUCGUUGCAUCAAUCAACAUGCAAGGUUUGAAUGACAUCCAAGAUUUCUGUCAAUGCCUUAACAAAUCAUUGAGCAAUUUUAAACAUACUAGUCCUUUGGAGAACAUUAGCCUGCAAAAUCCAUGGCCUGGGUAUGAAGUUGUAUACAAACAUGUUGACAGCAUCAUUAAUGCCAAUGAAGAGAUUGUGCCAAACGAAAAAGACCCAAACGAGGGUUUUGAGCAGUGGUUCCUUAGUGUGGUCAACAAAAUAGAGUUCUCUGUGUUGUAAGUAAUUGUAAAUGUAAUUCCGUUGCUUUCCUUGUCACAAGUUUGAAUAGAAACAAUGAACAAUAAUUCGAUCAAAGUUUGGAGAGAAACUCUACAAUCUCCUCAUACAUCUUUAUAUUGAGUUAACACAUUGACAUGCUUUGUGAAAUUUAUUGAUCAAGGAGUUUGUUUCUCA